ACACUAAGUGAAGUGACAGCCGCAUUUUCAAAUCCAAAGAAACAACAAAGUCAUGUUUGUCUUUUGUUUUUUCUCUCUUAUUACUGAACUCUCGUGCACCCACCUCCCCUUUGGUCCCUUUUAUCAUCAUUAAAGGUCCAACGUUCUUAUUUUUUCGAAAACCGUUGGAGCCAAAUCGAUUUUAAAAACACCCACCUCUCAUUUCUCUUCCUUUGAGCUUUCAGCUCUUUGUAACACUUGAGACAAGUUGAGAGUUCAUUGAUUUUUUUUUUUCUCAGCAUGGAUCCCUUCUGAUCUGACUCUACCCCCAACAUUCAUUUGUGUCUGUGUGGAGCCUUCAUCAUAGAUUUUCUAAUGGGUUGUUUCCUUGGCUGUUUUGGGAUUUCUACUAAAAGAAAGCGUAGAAAACCGGCCAACCGUAUUCUCCCUGGAGAUUCAAAACUUGUUAGCUAUGAACCCUUGGAUUCCUCUGUUUCUAUAAAUCUUGACAUCCCAGAAGAACCCAUUUCCUCGAGUUCUCAGCUGAGUAAUAAGCCUAAGGAGAGAUCGAGCAUCAAAAUCAGGAAAAAAGUGAGCUUUAACUUGAAUGUCCAGACCUAUGAACCGAUUCCAGCUGAAGAAACAACUACAUAUCAGUUUUUACAGAGUGUUGAAGAGAAAGAAAGUGAAAACAAUGGAGCAGAAGCAGGAAAAGGGAGCUUACCCUCCCUCUCUGAGGGGGAUUCAAAUUCAUUGCAGAUGGGUUCUUAUCCUACCAACUAUAGAUACCAAAACUGCAGAGAAAGCUAUGAUGAAGAUGAUGAAAUGGCAUUUGAGGAAUGUGAUCUAGAAGAUGAUGAUUAUUUUUAUGAUUAUGAUGAUGAAGACGAUAGUGAUGAUGGUGACAAAGAUGUUGAUGAUCAAAAACAAAGAAGAGAGGAGUCUUUGGAUCAAUUUGACUCUCUAAACAUGGAAUCGGCAAAGGGAGCUUCUUUGGUUCAUUUGGAUGAGGACAAGGCCAAGAAUCAAAUGCCACUUUCUGCUUCAACAGAUGGUGAAUUGAAGUCGUUUGGGUGUGGAAAUGCAAGGAUCAGAAGCCAAUAUCUAUGUUCUGUACUGAAUCCAGUUGAAAACACUACUAAAUGGAAAGAAAUCAAAGCAAGAGCAGCACCAGCACCUAAAAACAGGAGGAAGGAGAAUAUUGCCCUUGAGGAAGAACCACAAAUACCCUUCAGUUCAAAGCUGAGAUCCGACUGCUCACCAAAUUAUAAUCAGUCAAAGCCCCUACUGCAAGACAUAGCAGUUGAUGCUAGCCUCUCAAACUGGUUAAUUCUAACAAAUACUGAUGGGUCCAAAACCACAGGUAGCAGCAAAAGUUGCAGCAUUGCAUUUGAUACCCCGUCAUUGAAGAACAGUAUAUGUGAUGGCUCAUUCUCUUGGCGGAGUAGAGAAGAUAGAGUAAUCUUAGAUAUCACCAACUUGGAGGCCUUAUGAAUCAUAUUCUCCAGUCGUUUCAAGAGUAUAACGAAAGUACACUGAACAAGCUAUGAAUUCAAUUUCAGCCUAUUCACAAGGGUGUGCAAAAGUUUGGGGUGGUUUUUGUUUGUAUGUCAGUUAUGAUUCUUUGAUUGAUUUCAGAUUGUUUUAUAAGAUUUGGUUAAUUUCGGUAGCCAUUGGCUCCA